UCCGUGGGGCCCCCUCCAAGCUCCUCCCACUCGCUGCGCCUUCAAAAGUUGGAUUAACCCGAACUAUCGGAGGCUGUUGGCUGUUUCUGGCGAGGCUGGAGGGGCGCGGGGAGGGGGUGAAAGCCCCGGAAUCUACCUGCGACUGGAUGGGUUCUGACCCGGUUCCAGACGACCUGUGAACCCCGGUGAGGUGGGCAGGCGGCCCAGCCGAGGUCGGAGUCCCCUGCCCGGCCCUCAGCAUGAAUCCCAUCUCUCCAGUGUGUCUGGUCAUCCCCGUUGCCAGCCUGCUCUCCUGGCUGAUGACCGGCUGUGCCACCGAAAGCCCCCCACAGUUCAUCAAGCAUCCCGUGGAUCAGAUUGGGGUGUCGGGAGGCGUGGCGUCCUUCGUGUGCCAAGCGACGGGAGACCCCAAACCCCGAGUCACCUGGAACAAGAAAGGAAAGAAAGUGAACUCACAGCGGUUUGAGACCAUUGAAUUCGACGAAGGUGCUGGAGCGGUCUUGAGGAUACAACCCCUCCGGACGCCCCGAGAUGAAAACAUUUACGAAUGUGUUGCCCAGAAUUCGGUGGCGGAGAUCACGGUCAACGCCAAACUGACCGUUCUGAGAGAGGACCAGUUGCCUCCUGGAUUCCCGGUCAUUGACAUGGGCCCUCAGCUGAAGGUGGUUGAACGUACCCGGACAGCUACGAUGCUAUGUGCGGCCAGCGGGAAUCCAGAUCCAGAGAUCACCUGGUUUAAGGAUUUCUUGCCUGUUGACCCCAGUGCUAGCAAUGGACGAAUCAAGCAACUAAGAUCCGGUGGCCUUCAGAUCGAAAGCAGCGAAGAGACGGACCAGGGUAAAUAUGAGUGCGUCGCCAGCAAUAGUGCCGGAGUCCGCUAUUCCUCGCCCGCCAACCUAUAUGUGAGAGUGCGGCGCGUGGCUCCUCGGUUCUCCAUCCCGCCCACCAGCCACGAGAUCAUGCCCGGCGGGAACGUGAACAUCACCUGCGUGGCGGUGGGCUCCCCGAUGCCGUACGUGAAAUGGAUGCAAGGGGCCGAAGAUUUGACACCGGAAGACGACAUGCCGGUGGGACGCAACGUCCUUGAGUUGACCGACGUGAAAGACUCAGCCAACUAUACUUGCGUCGCCAUGUCAAGUCUGGGUGUGAUUGAAGCCGUGGCCCAGAUCACCGUCAAAUCCUUUCCCAAAGCUCCAGGCACUCCUGUUGUCACCGAGACCACUGCCACCAGCAUCACCAUAACCUGGGACUCCGGAAAUCCGGACCCCGUCUCCUAUUAUGUGAUCGAGUAUAAGUCGAAGAGUCAGGAUGGGCCGUAUCAAAUCAAGGAGGACAUCACUACGACCCGCUACAGCAUUGGGGGGCUUAGUCCCAACUCAGAAUAUGAGAUCUGGGUGUCAGCGGUAAACACCAUCGGGCAGGGCCCGCACAGCGAUUCCGUUGUGACCCGUACAGGGGAGCAGGCACCCGCCAGCGCCCCCCGAAAUGUUCAGGGACGGAUGUUGAGCGCUUCGACCAUGAUCAUCCAGUGGGAGGAACCUGUGGAGCCGAACGGUCAGAUCCGGGGAUACAGGGUGUAUUACACCAUGGAGCCCGAUCAGCCGGUCAGCAACUGGCAGAAACACAACGUGGACGAUAGUCUCCUGACCACUGUCGGGAGCCUUCUGGAGCAUGAGACCUACACUGUGCGAGUCUUGGCGUUUACAUCCGUGGGGGACGGCCCACUCUCCGAUCCCAUCCAAGUGAAAACCCAACAAGGAGUUCCCGGGCAACCAAUGAAUUUCCGAGCCGAAGCGAAGAGCGAGAGCACGAUUUUACUAACCUGGAGUCCUCCCCGCCAGGAUAUUAUUCUGAAGUAUGAGCUCCUUUACAAAGAAAUCAGCAACAAACCAGGAACCCCGGAGUUUCUGAAGACAUUUGACCCCGUGACUUUCUUCCUGGUGAAAGAACUCAACCCCAACACGGAAUACGUCUUCCAGUUGGCGGCUCGCUCAACUUUGGGCCUUGGGGCCCCGACAUCGGAGGUCAGGGAGCGCACGCUGCAGUCUAAACCGUCCGCCCCCCCUCAAGACGUAAAAUGUAUCAGCACCAGGUCCACGGCCAUUCUGGUAAGUUGGCAACCACCUCCCGUUGAGAGCCAAAACGGUGACUUGGAAGGCUAUAGCGUCCGGUACCGAGGCCUGGAUCCCGAGGUCAGCGAAUUGAAAGAGGUGAAGGAUAUCCCUGCCACGACCACCCAGAUCACCCUGGAAGGACUGGAGAAAUGGACGGAGUACCGCAUCACCGUGGUGGCGCAUACGAUUAUGGGGCCCGGCCCGGAAAGCUCGCCCGUCAUUGUCCGUACCGACGAGGAUGUGCCCAGCGCCCCACCUCGCAAGGUGGAGGUGGAAGUCCUCAAUUCAACGGCCAUCCAAGUCUUCUGGCGCUCCCCAGUCCAGAACCGCCAACACGGACAAAUACGUGGCUACCAAGUGCAUUACGUACGCAUGGAGAACGGCGAAGCCAGUGGGUUGCCCCAGAUCAAGGACGUCAUGUUGGCUGAUGCUCAGGAAAUGAUCAUCUCUGGACUUCAGCCAGAGACCACCUACUCAAUCACAGUGGCCGCCUACACCAUGAAAGGGGACGGGGCCCGGAGCAAGCCGAAACCGGUCGUGACCAAGGGAGCAGUCCCAGGGAAACCGAUCCUGUCCGUGUAUCCCACUCAUGAAAACUCUCUCCUGGUCAAAUGGGAACCCCCUCUGGAAGCCGAAAGCCAAGUGCUGGGUUACCGCCUCCAGUUCGGCCGCAAAGAUGUCGACCCGCUGGCCACUCUGGAAUUUGCCAGCCAGGAGGACAAAUAUACCGCCACCCAUGUCCACAAAGGUGCCACGUACGUCUUCAAGCUGGCCGUGAAGAGCCGGGCCGGCUUUGGGGAGGAAGCGUUGCAAGAAAUUACCAUCCCAGAAGAUGUGCCGAAGGGUUACCCUCAGAUUCUCGAGGCGAGCAACAUCACCUCCAGAUCGGUCCAGGUCAAGUGGCUGCCCCCCGUCUUAGCCGAGAGGAACGGGGUCAUCGUCAAGUACACCGUAGCCUACCGAGAGACCAUCUCUUCGGGAAACCCCCAGGAGAAAGAUCUCCCUCCCUCUCCAGAAAACUCAUACAUCCUGAACGGUCUCAAGCCCAACACCGCUUACGAUGUUAAAAUCCGAGCACAUACCAGUAAAGGUCCCGGGCCGUACAGCCCGACUGUUCAAUAUCGGACGGUCCUUCUGGAUCAAGUUUUUCCCAAAAACUUCAGAGUGAAAAUGGUUACCAAGACAUCGGUCCUUCUGGGCUGGGAGUUUCCUGAAAAUUACAACUCCCCUAUUUCAUACAAGAUCCGUCAUGAGAACACCGGCCAAGAAAUUGAGGUGGGUGGGAGUGCCACCAAGAAGCUCAUCACCAACCUAAAGCCACAAACAUCUUACCGAUUCUCCCUCGUGGGCCAGAGAAGCGAGAAAGGAGAUCUUCAGCAGAAAGUGGUGGUAUCCACUGCAGCCAAUAUGCUGAGCAGAAAACCAGAGGUGUCUUACCGACACGAAAUAGAUGGCAACGUGAUAGUGAAUCUGCCAGAUGUCAGGGCUACAGACUCCCCAGUUCAAGCAUAUUACAUUGUGGUGGUACCCUUGAAGAAAACUAAGAGUGGCCAAUUCCAAAAUUCUUACAAUAGUCCGGAAGAAAUGGAUUUAGAAGAGCUAAUUCAGCAGAUCUCAAGGCUGCAACGGCGAAGCCUCCGCCAUUCCCGUCAGCUGGAUCCCCACAAAGCGUACAUCACAGCCCGUUUCCACAUCCUGCCCCCUUUCUUCAUCCUUGGGGAUAUGAAACGCUAUGACAACUUCGAAAAUAAAGCCCUGGAGGCCGGACAGAAAUACAUCAUUUUCGUUUUGGCUGUUCUGCAGACCAAUGAAGCUGUGUACGCUGCCAGUCCCUUCUCUGAUCCCAUCCAGAUGGACAGCUCUGAUCCCCAGCCCAAGAUUGAAGGAGAGGAGGGGCUGAUCUGGGUGAUUGGACCGGUUUUAGCUGUAGUCUUUAUUAUCUGCAUUGUUAUUGCAAUCCUCCUGUACAAGAACAAGCCAGACAGCAAACGCAAAGACUCCGAGCCCCGGAUCAAGUGCUUACUGAAUAACGCUGAGAUCACCCCUCAUCACCCCAAAGACCCCGUGGAGAUGAGGCGCAUCAACUUCCAGACGCCAGAUUCUGGCCUCAGCAGUCCUCUCAGUGACCCUGAGCUUGACCUUGAAAGUAUGCUGAACCAUCCACCAAUCCCCAUUUCGGAGCUGGCAGAUCACACCGAGCAUCUGAAAGCCAACGAUAACCUGAAGCUGUCUCAGGAAUACGAGUCCAUCGAUCCCGGGCAACAGUUCACUUGGGAACACUCCAACCUUGAGGUGAAUAAGCCCAAGAACCGCUACGCCAACGUCAUUGCCUACGACCAUUCUCGGGUCAUCCUCCUCCCGAUCGAAGGCAUCCUAGGGAGCGACUACAUUAAUGCCAACUACAUCGAUGGGUACCGCAAGCAGAACGCCUACAUUGCCACUCAGGGCCCUUUGCCCGAGACCUUUGGCGACUUCUGGCGGAUGGUUUGGGAGCAGCGUUCCGCCACGGUGGUGAUGAUGACAAAACUGGAGGAGAAAUCCAGGAUCAAGUGUGACCAGUACUGGCCAGGCCGGGGCACAGAGACUUACGGGAUGAUCCAAGUGACCUUGUUAGAUACCAUUGAGUUGGCCACAUUCUGUGUCCGCACCUUCUCUCUGCACAAGAACGGUUCCAGUGAGAAACGUGAAGUCCGCCAGUUCCAGUUCACCGCCUGGCCGGAUCACGGCGUUCCCGAAUAUCCCACUCCGUUUCUGGCUUUUCUCAGGAGAGUGAAAACAUGCAACCCACCCGAUGCUGGCCCCAUCGUCGUGCACUGCAGUGCUGGGGUGGGUAGGACCGGCUGCUUCAUUGUCAUCGAUGCCAUGCUGGAGAGAAUAAAACACGAGAAGACGGUGGACAUUUACGGGCAUGUCACCCUCAUGCGGUCCCAGCGAAAUUACAUGGUACAGACAGAAGACCAGUACAGUUUCAUACACGACUCUUUGCUAGAAGCCGUCGCCUGUGGAAACACGGAGGUCCCCGCUCGGAACCUGUACACCUAUAUCCAGAGGUUGGCACAGAUAGAAGUGGGAGAACACGUCACAGGCAUGGAACUGGAGUUCAAGAGACUCGCCAACUCCAAAGCCCACACCUCCAGGUUCAUCAGUGCCAACCUGCCCUGUAACAAAUUCAAAAAUCGCCUUGUCAACAUCAUGCCAUACGAAACCACACGGGUUUGCCUUCAGCCUAUCCGCGGAGUCGAGGGCUCCGACUACAUCAAUGCCGGCUUCAUUGACGGAUACAGGCAACAGAAGGCUUACAUCGCCACCCAGGGACCCUUGGCGGAGACCACAGAGGACUUCUGGCGCAUGCUGUGGGAGAACAACUCAACCAUUGUGGUGAUGUUGACCAAGCUGCGAGAGAUGGGCCGGGAAAAGUGCCAUCAGUACUGGCCAGCCGAGAGGUCCGCACGGUAUCAGUACUUUGUGGUGGACCCCAUGGCUGAAUAUAACAUGCCUCAAUACAUCCUCCGAGAAUUCAAGGUCACCGACGCCAGGGAUGGCCAGUCUAGAACCGUGCGUCAGUUCCAGUUCACCGACUGGCCGGAACAAGGUGUGCCAAAAUCCGGCGAAGGCUUUAUCGAUUUCAUCGGGCAGGUGCACAAAACUAAGGAGCAGUUUGGACAAGACGGACCAAUUUCGGUCCACUGCAGUGCGGGAGUAGGCAGGACCGGCGUCUUCAUCACGCUAAGCAUCGUACUGGAGAGGAUGCGCUACGAAGGGGUGGUGGACAUCUUUCAGACCGUGAAGAUGCUGAGGACACAACGGCCCGCCAUGGUGCAGACAGAGGACGAAUACCAGUUCUGCUAUCAGGCUGCCCUGGAAUACCUGGGAAGUUUUGACCACUAUGCAACAUAAUAAGGAAAAGGAAACUUUUCAAAAGCCAUUCGUUGUGCAGACUCCUAACACUUUUCAGCCUGCAAGGCUCCUGUUUGAGCGACGCAAAGCUAGCCUCGACCUUUCUAAACACCUACAGACUGAAUCAGAAAAACGUUGCCUCCCCCAUCCACCCGUUUCGGAUGCUCCGCCAGGAAGGAGGCGCCAGGGGAGACCCCAGCAGCGACACCCCCUCCUUCUCCCGAGGCGCCGCUGCAUCUCCAAAAAGGACUCUCCCCACCCCCUCGGCCUGUGUUUCGAAAACCCCGGAGCCCAUCCCCAGGGUGACUCCGAACCAGGGCGGGAUUUCUCCCCCCCCCUUCUUUUCCUUCUUUUUAAGUGGCGAACUUGUUGUUCUUACCUCAUCUGGUGUCGACGGUGUGGGGAGCACCCCGCGUGCAACUGAACCAGAAACCGAGAAACCGUAUUGAAUCUUUUGUUAUUGCAGCAGGCGCCGGUCUCGUCCACAGACCUUGGAGAGCAACGGUCCGGUUAGGGAAAAAACAAAACCAGAGAGAUACACACAGACAGAGAGAGAGAAAAAAACAGAAACAAACCUAAAACAACUGAUGGGGAGAAUAGCGAAAGAAAAAUCUGGCCACCACAAGUAACAUUUUAGGGUUCGGUUGAAGUACUAACCUUGCGGGCGGACUUAAAGGAAGCCACUUGAGGUGUGAAAAAUUAAGAGGCAAACAAAGCAAAUUUUGCAUCAGGUUGGGGGUGGCAGGACUCCACGCCAAGGAGGGUUGGGCGGUCCUGUGGCUUCUUUCUCAGCUUAGCUUCUCAAACACUUUUAACAUUCCUCUUCUUUUACCAAUCUUCUUAACCAUGUCAAAAAGCAAACCAGAACAGGCAAUAAACACGUCCUCCCAUGCCCCACCCACCCCCUGGCAUUUCACAUUUUGCAAAAAGAAACAACAACCCCGCAGUAUUUGCUACACACCCACACAUAAUCUAAACUCUGAAUUCUGGAAAUCUGCAAAAAUGCCAGUUCCAGGUUAUCUUCUGUUCUCCAGGUUUCAAAAGAGUUGGGGGCGGGGGGGCGUGGAGAUUUGAAGUACAUUUCACAAGAGUUCCAAUUUUUUUGUUUUGUUUUGUUUUCGUUUCGGUUGUUUUGGGGAAUUCUUCCCCCUACUUUUCUGAUUCCCUUCUUAGCCCAUCCAAACUAGUCUCUCUUUUUUUGUUGUUGUCGUCGUCGUCGUUGCUCUCAUUUAUUUUUGUGGGCGUUUUAACUUCCCCUUCCCUGAUGCCAAAGAGAAAAAUGGCAGAUUUGAAGAGAGCCUGUGGAUUUUGGGGGACAGAGAAAGCCCACGCGGGGGCUGCCUUCAUGUCCAAAUUAGGGUCUUCACCUCUUAAGAGAAAGGUACUUUCCAUUCAAAAUUCAGGCAGAAUAAACCGACUGCGGAGGAUUUGGUUGUAAGGAUUAGGCCCCAUCACCGAGUGGCUUUCUUUAAAAAAGGUAUCGAUGUAACUCUUAUAAGUGACAUUUAUUUCUUAUUUUUAUUUCCUGGGUCUCCUUUUUUUAAUAGUGUAAUUUUUUUUUCCUUUUUUUAAAAAUAUGUAAAAAUACAAAAGAAUAUCAGUCAAUGAAUUUACAAAAAAAAAAAAAAUACUACUUAUUUGUUCAUAUUAUGUUUAAAGACAAGUCUAUUUUUUCACUGUAGAAAUGUUAACGUGUAAUGGUUGUGUGACAUAAGAGAAACGCCGUGCAAAAUAAUUGCUACUUUUACAUAUUGCUUUUCUACCAUUUAAAAAAAAAAAAUAUGAGAGGAGGAGGAAAAGGAAGGAAAGGGUUCACUGCUCACAUUUCAAUGAAAAUGUUGCUGCUUUUCUUCUUUUUUUCCCCAAGAAUUAUGAUGAUUGUUGUUAAUCUCUCUUCUAGGGCAUUCUGGGGGAGCCUUGCCAGACUUUAAGGAUCCUGGAGGGGCAAAACACCGGGGGGGUCUUUUACCCCUGAAUUGCCCCAUUUCUCAACCUCUUCCAGGCCCAAUGCAAACACCCAGAGCCCCAAGAAAGCCUCCCCCCCCCAACCACGCUGCCUUUGCAUCCAGAGAAGACCCUCCCUCCCCCCCAAGAAAAAAAAUCCAAUUUAAAA